AUGGCAAAAUCUUCGAAGUUUGAAGAUUAUUGGAGACAAAACAAUAUUGAAAGUUUGUUCAAAGAGUUGACACAUGUUCUUGUACAACGAAUGCCAUCUGAUCCAGCUGUUGCUAUUGUUCAACAUCUUCAAAAAAAAUUUCCAAAAUCAUUCAAAACAUCUGCAGACAAUAAUAAUAACAAUAAUGCUGGUAUGAUUUCGAAAACUGCGGCAACUAAUUUACAGUCACAACCGAUUACUUCACCACGUUCGCCGGUCAAUAUAGAAAAUACAAAUGAAGUAGACAUGCGAGAACGCCGUGCAUCUAACCAAAGUCAAAUUAGUGGUAGUGUUACCAUACCAACAGCUGAAUCUGCUUUUCGUGGUUUAUUUAAACAUGAUACAACUGAUUCAAAACAAGCACCAGAAACAAAUUUAAGAAAUCUUGUUUUUGCUAAUCGUUUAAGUCAACAAGCUGUUAAAUUAGGAAAAGAUAUUCGAUCAGAUCGUGAUAUACUCGAAGAAGAACUUCUUAAACCAAUGAAAAGCAAAUCAAAAACAUCAUCAACAACAGAUGCAUCAAUCUAUUCUGUUUCAGAAGAUUUUCAAUAUGAACAAACACAUGAACAACCUUCUGUACCACAAUUAAUUAAAUAUAAACAACACAUUCGUGACGAAAAUGAUCGUCGUCAACAUCGAGAAAAACUUGCCGCAAUAGCUAAACAAGCACGUGAUAGAGAACAAAUCUUACAAUCAGAUACUUCUACAAAACCAGACGAAUUUCAACAGAAACAAAGAUCAAAUGAUGAUAGUGGAUUACCUCAGAAUGUAUCAGAAAAAAGUGAUACUAAAUUAAUUCAUAAAUCAUUUGUUAAAUCGAAAGAAGAAGAAGAAAUAUUGAAUGAUGAAAAUAUAUUUCAACCUAGAAGAGAAAGAAAUAGAGAAAGACCGCGAAAUAGAUUAGCAACACCUCGUACAAAUGCACCUUAUACACGUCAACAAUUUAUGGGAAGAGGAGAUACAAAUUCGAUGUCUUUGAUACCAUCUGAUGGUAUAUGUAAAGUAUGUGGAAGUAUAAUUAAUAAUGAUGAAAAUCCAUCAAAAGUUCAUUCUCAACAAGUUUCCGCUAUGCAACCAAUACGUUCAUUCGAACGUCACUCAACAACACGAUCAGUAGAAUCAAGUGUUGGUGCUGUCGAUGAUUUCUUCGAACCAACAUUAGAUGUAUCCACUUCGCAACAAAUGUUAUUAUCGACACUAGAUGCUAUAACACCACAAGCAGUUGAUACAAAUCCAUUUCAACGAAAUCGUUUUCAACCAAUUAAGAAUAAUAAUAAUACAGAUAUAGUCGGACAUCGUCCACCAUCAACACCAUUAAUCAAUAGUGAUAAUAAAACAAAGACUAACCAAACGAAAACACCACGAAUGUCGGAAUCUGAUAUUUUUCUAAGAACAUCUGAAUCAAACGAUCGUUCUUCACCAUCAUCUCGAUAUACAUCAUCACCAGUAACAAAUAAACAUCAACGUGAUACUACUGAUGGUACUAGUCAUCAGUUAUCAAAGACUAUGACAAAUUCAUCACCUUCACGACAAGUUUUCCAAUCAAAUUUAGCAACAACAACAAUUAUUCCAACUAGACAACGACGAACGUCUGGUUGGAGUGUAUGUGAACAUUUGCCUGAUGAUUCGGAUGAAAACUAA